CUUCAGCCAUUCUUUCACUAGUCCCUGCCUCUCGGUCCAGUCGCUUUCUUCAACACGGGCAAAACUAGCUUCUACGACUUCACUUGAUCAGAUCAUCCCGACAGCUUUCCCAUCCACCAGCACCACCGUCAUCAUGUCCCUUUUCAAGCUGUUCACCGCCGCCUUGGCCUGUACCGUGUCUUUCGCAUCUGCCCAGGUCCAACCCGUGGGCGACAACCCUGUGGGCAACGAGAUCACCAAACCCAACCACGGUGACAUCCUCCCAGUCGGCAAGCCCUUCACCAUCACCUGGAACCCAACCACCCCGGGCACCGUCACCCUGCGUCUCCUCAAGGGACCGGCCACCAACUUGAAGCUCGAGACCAUCAUCGUUGAGAACUACCCCAACAGCAACGGCAAAUACGACUGGACUCCUUCAGCCGACCUCGAGGGUACCACCACCGACCAGGGAUACGGCAUCCAGCUCAUCGUCGAAACCGAGCCUAACAAGGGUCAAUACCAAUACACCACUCAAUUCGGCAUCUCCAACCCCAACAAGCCAAUGGGCUCCGGCUCUUCCUCUUCUGGGUCCCCUUCCGGCGCUUCCUCUGGCUCGGGUGCUUCUUCUGGCUCUGGUUCUUCCUCCGGCUCAGCCCCAGCCCCCGCCCCUGCCGCUCCAGCUUACGUCCGCUCCACCGGCGGCGACACAGCCCCUAAAUACCAACAAACCUCUCCAUCCUACGAAUCUGCCUCCACCCUCACCACCGCCUACACCUCCAACGCCCCCGCCGCCACCGGCGACGCCUGCGCGCAAAAAUGCAACGCUGCCUACGACGCCUGCCGCACCGCCCACGACGCCAACAUGGCUCAGUGCGCCGCCGACUACGCCUCGUGUGUCGGCUACAACCCUUUCACCGCCUCGUCGUUCACUUCCGCGACUGCGUGCUCUGCCACCGCUGCUCCUCCCACGGGAACCGCUGCUGCGAACGGCGCGGCUCCUUACCCGACUUACCCGAGCACCACCAACGCUGGCGUGGCGUCUCCUACUGGCACUAACGCACCUGGCACUGGCGGCAACGGCACGAUCCCAUACAUGGGUGGAGCUGGCAGCUUGAAGACUGGCGCGAUGGGUGUUGCGCUCGCGGCUGCUGGUGUGGCUGUUCUCGCUUGCUAGAUGGGACUGCUUUUUGACGGCUGGAGUUUUGGGAAGGCAUAGAGAGAGUCGCAUUACAGGUGUCCGCACUCGCAGCUUACGUUUCUGAUGUUUUCGUAAUGGGAAAACUGGGAUUGGGCAUCUUACAGCUUUGUGGGCUUUUUGACCCAGGGC